AGGAUCCCGAUAUUCUUACACACUACCCAUUGCACACUCAAGUGUUGCUUUACUUAUUGUACACACGACCCACACCCAAGUUAGUUUCUAUAUGAACUUUCGCACAAACUCAAAGAUGCAUGUUCUCAUCUUUGGCGUUCGCGGAUAGGAUUUUAUAAAAAGCGCAGCAAGGUACUCGGAUUAUGUUGCGACUUUUUUGCUCGAAACACGUCAAAUCACAUGAUAAACAGAUGACUAGACAGGCCGACGUUGUGGGCUUAGCCCGAACACGCGACUUCAUCUAAGUAUGGGCAAUGUUAAAAGGCAUCAGUACGUAUUGGGGGCUAGAGAAGAAAGCAGCAGCUGCGCCUCACGAUUGCGUUUGCGAUUCUAGAGAAUCGCAGGGGCGUUGGUUAAUGCUAUUGCUUUCAGCAUCCGUAGUAUACAACACGAGUAGUUGAUGUCGAUCUGUUAGACAGAAGAAUUGUAUUCCUCAGAAGAGUACAACUAUUGAAGCGCACCAUGGUACUCCUACUGGUGUUUCGAACGAAAAAAUGAAAACGCGUGCUUGCUUUAUUUGACAAGCCAACUUCUAGCACGGUUGGCUGCGCCGAACGACUCCUUCGCCUGCUAUGGAGAGUUCCUGGUUGAGUUGCUGCGCGCCGAGCAGCGGGCCUCGGGGACUGACCCUGCAGUCUACCGCGCGGUCGCAGCAGCACCCCGCCAAGGCACAGAUGCACGUGCAAGGAAAUAAACAGGACCGGAAGGCGGCGCGGAAUGCCGAUGCCUACCUGCUGAUGGACAACGCCAUCGGUAUUGCGGACGGCGUCAGCGCAGUUGAGGAAUCCGGCGUGGACAGCAGCCUCUUGCCAAACGAGCUCUUGACCCACUGCGGGGCACUGCUAAGGGAAAGGCGGGCCAACAAGCGAGGGUACUUCAGACAAAUUUAAGUGUUUUUUGUUUUUGUUUGAAGGCCGUGCAGCUUUAAGUGCAUGUGCACAACCACUUCCCGUCUGCACAAAAGGGACAGUCAAUCCCUUUUGAAGAUUCUUGCAAAAGGAAUUAUUACAGUCACCUUCAGUAGUUGUAGUUCGAUGGAUACGAUACAAAACUCAGGUGGAGCGCAGAAUACAAACGUCUGCUCCUGGAGAUUGAGAAAUCCGUUCCCGUGGAACAGCCUACCGGUAGUACUGCUAGUACCGCUGCCGGCUGGAUGCAGAAGGCGUUUGACGUUCUUUUUGGCGUGCCCGCGACCACCCCAUCAAGCCGCGACGUCGACGCGCUGCAAGCGGACCUGUUUCACUGCGCCCUGCGGGAGUCGGCGCCGGCAAGGGGAUCCCUAGCUGCGUCCUUGAGCCGGUUCUUCCAGGAGGCCUACCACGUCUCCGUGGACAAACCUGUGCACCACCCGACGGAUGAGAUGGUUCAGAGUUGGUACGACGACAUCCGGCUGGUAGCGCCGGAACACUUUCCGGAGACCGAGCCGCCGGUGCUGCUGCGGAUUCUGCUUGAGCACUGCUUGAAAUUGAUGGAGCAGUUUAGGCUGCUGCAUCAGGGGGAACAACUGGUUGCGGAUCCAGGUAAAAAUGAACUCGCUGAGGAGGACGAAGCAGCUGGAGGACCCUCGGCAAGGCAUAAACACGCAGCCCCCACUAGCGGCGCAUCCGGAGGAGCAGCGGAAAUUGUAGACCCCUUAAGUGUACUGAACACCACCGGCGGGUCUGUGGCGACCUUUUUUGACAACAUCGGCACAACUCCCGGGGCGGUGGGAGCAGCAGCAGCAACUUCUGUUGACAAAGGAUCUGAUCUAUCAAAGGGAAAAAUCCCCCCUCCCCAUAUCGAAAAGGAACGCCUCAGAGAAUUUGUGAUACUGAUUUGUGACCACAAAUAUUGUCUGUCUUGCAAGAAAGCAACGGCAGAGGCUCCGCCCCAUUAUGCAGGCGGUUUGUAAUGCUGCAGGGCCUACACCAGAGACGUUCCUCAUGCUAAGUGCCUAGGCUAAAACCUCUCUACAUUGGCAUGAUAUGGGCCUGCAGUACUCUACUGCAAGACAAAUCUGAUUUGUGUACUGAAAUCCAGCAUCAGAAGCUUCUUUUUGAUAUGGGGUGGGGGGAUUUUUCCUUUUGAUAUGAUCAGAACAAUGAGAGCGCGAGCACAACGUCCUCGUCCGGUCGGCCCAGCAAGGACGCGCCAUCCUCGCACAACGGCGGGACCAACCAGCUUGCGGAAAGGGAAACGAGUUCCUCGAGUUUAGAGGAGAACGGCAGAACGGACAUCAAAAUAGCAGGUCAGGACUUAGAGGCGCAAGAACGUCGUGAUCCGACGCCUGCUCGUCCAACGACACAGCAGCUACCCGAGGUGCAAAAUGCGACGCAAAUGUUUCUGGAUUUUCUUCCCUUCGUGCAAUUGCAGCACGACUCCGCGUCUUCCUCCGCCUCGUCGUCACCGCGAAACGUGGAGUCGCACAUGCUGAACCACGUGCAGGAGGAGUUUCACCGCAAACUUGGGUCCAUGAUCGAGCACGCGGCACUGGGCAACUACGGCGACGCGCGCCGGGUGUUGCAGGAGGCGUUUUGGCGGUGCACGCAGCAGGGCUCCACGACCGCCAUGUUGUUUUUAAUCGAGAAGGACAUUCUGCAUCCCUGCAACAUGGGGGACUGCGCCUACGUGGUGCUGCGGCCGAAUUGCGACCCCGAAAUCGCGGAAACCAUCUGCACGAUCACCGUGCCGCCCAAACCCCCCAAGUCCGCGCUCCAGCAGCGGCGCGUGCGCAGCGGGUUGCCCCCGGAGAGCGAGGAGGUGAAGGCCAUGAAGCGGGCGAGCCUAGCGGCACAGAAAGUUGCUGCCGUAGUGAGCAAAGGAAGCAGAGAAGGUGAAAGUGUUCUUCUCGAAGCGGAAAUGAUAAGGAAUGACAUAGAUGGCGACACCAGCUCCGAUAUUAAUACGCUACCUCCAGGCACGAACAUUCAGAUCAGCCCGCGCACGAUAAAAUCCGCAGCGGAUUUGCAGGAAGAGGCCGACGAACUGCUGCGGGCUGAAAAGUUUCCGGAAAAUAAGAUACAGAAAGAUAAAGACGGAGAGGAGAUCAACCAUGUUCAACUACACAAGGAUCAACAGGACCGGAACAAUAAAAUAAAUCCUAGCUCUUCAUCUUCCAGGCCGCCGCGCUACACGGUUGUCUCCCGGUCCAUUUCCCAGACGCACUGCUUCAAUUGUCCCUACCAGCUCUCCCGGAUGCCGACGUACCAGAACAAGCCCUACCAGGACGCCCCGUCUCUGUGGCGGCAGAUUCGGAACAUCCGCAACCUGCACCCGGUCCUGUUGCAGCCCGGGGACGUGAUUAUCAGUGGCACCGACGGGUUGUUUGACAACGUGUUCGAGUCCCGGAUGGCCGCGCUCGCCGGCGAGAUCUUGCUGGACGGAAAUAGUAGACUUGGGAGGUGUAGUCCCGUGUCGCCUGGCACAGCGGAAAGAUUCUCGUCGACGUCGGAGCUUGUUUUUUCAACAACAGCACCCUCGGGCGAGGACUCGACGACGCAUCCUGGUUCAUCCUCCGCUAGUACAAUUUCGCAGGCGAAGCGCGAGGAGCUGUGCGACCGGCUGCUGCAGGAAGCACUGAAAAAUGCGAAUCCGGAUUCCACGGCGGCAACCCCCUGGGCCGAGGAAUGGUUUGAGGAGUGCGGGUAUCCCUUCCCCGGCCUCGAGCGCGGCGGGACUGGACAAGGGAAGCCGGACGACACCACCGUCGUGGUUUCUGUGGUCACGUCCAAGACUCCGGAGGUCGGGGAACUCUUUUUCGAUGAGUUUAGAUAGAUAGUUUGGCUAAUAUGGAGGGUCAGUUAAUAGUUUGUUCUUCUACUCUAUUAUGCACAGCGACAGCAGCGACGGCGAGCACGUCGAAGACCACACUCGUCGAAUAUGAUGAUCAUAGUUUCGGUUGGACGUCAUUCAGAUUCGUAUCAAUACCGACCACCAGCACCACCCCUAUGCGAAGAGAAAAUUGCGGCUCUAUCACAUUCUUGCACAGUUUGUCCUUGUUGUGGCUGCGACUUCGUUUGUUGAAGAUACUGAACGAAAAAAUCUUCGAAGAACGACUUAAGUACAACUAAACACCUCCAACAGCAGCACAGCAUGAAUUUACAUUUCAAAAUGUAACGUGAUGCGAAUUUUUCCAUUUUCAAAUGUAAUAAUUACAAUUCAUCAUAAUAAGAUUUUUUCGAAAUAGCAGCUAUUGCUUGUGUGUUGUUCUUGGUGCCGAUCCUGUUGAACCCAAAGGCCGAUCGCUGGUCGCCCCAGGAUAACUCCGAAUUGUAUACGCACGAGGUAUGUAUCCUCUCCAGGCGACAAGAGUCAGAAACGGACGAAAAUGAAAGAAAGAGGAUGUGCUUCAGAA